AUGUUCACCACCUUCUCCAGCUACGAAUCUCCUUCGCCCUCAAGUCCUUCCCUUACACCGACUGCGGCGAGAGCUUGCGAUACAUGUCGUAGACUGAAAGUCAGAUGUGGAAAUGCGAAAUGGAUAGCGAGUUCUUCGUCGCAGGCCGCAGAAUCUUGCAGGCAGUGUCUCCAUGCGGGCUUGAAAUGCACUUACGACGAGAAGCCUGUGAAACGUGGUCGACGGCGGAAGGGACACGCUCGCGAGACCAUUCAUCCGUAUUCUGGGACUCUCCUUGAUUUGAAUUCUCCAUCCUCUCAAGAGCUAGGACUCUCGCCCGCAGGAACGAGUAGAGAUCUUGCGGAGCCAGAGUUGGGCUGUCCACCCUAUGGCAUUCCACCUGACGCAGACUGCGAAAGAUUUGAAGCUGAUGGCCAGAACCUCCCAUCUGAAUUACAGGGCUGUGAUCUCGAUACGGUUCCAGCCGACAACAAUCAGUGCUUAGUUGCAGAUGUGAUGCUCCAAGAUGACGAACUGUCUAGGGGUGACGAAAUCUGGAGCGCCAUCGACGAAUUUUUUGACACAAUGUAUGUUGUGUUUCCCGUCCUGUCAUACGCCAGCCUCGCCACACGUCUGAUCAUCGAGCCAGCAUGGCGCGCCAUCCCUGAAUUCCGCACGCUACUCUUGGCUAUUCAAGCGGUGAACGCAGCGAGCCAGUUCCGCAUGGCUCCAGGAAACAAGGAACACCUUUCAGAGCUCAUUAUCCAGGUUGAGAGGUCACGCUUGGAUUACGACUUUGCCGACCCAGCGACGCUCGACGCUGUAGUAAUCUCUUUGUUUCUGUUCACUGCCUAUAACGUCCUCGAAAGGCACAACCGUGCAUUCUUGUACUUGGAUGAAGCGCUCUCUCUCCUGGAAGUGGUGGAGCCUUCCGACGAAGAAGAGCGGCGCAGAAAGAUACAGAUUGAGCAGGUCCUCUUCAACACAGAGGCAGCAACUCUGGCGAUAUAUGCAAAUAAGGGCAGACGGCGACGAGCUCGCAGGCCUCGGAAGAUUCCCGGCGUGCCGACGAUGGCGUCACAUGCCCUCGGUGCUAUUGAUGAAUCCGACAGAGUUGCUCUGCAUUUAUUGAGGCGCCUCACUGAGAUACAUCUGGCCGAGAAUGCAGAUGCAUUCGAGGAAAUAGAUAUCGAGUCUGAGGCUGACAUGGCAACGCUGUUCGGCGCCGUUUUUCGACGCCAUCGGUACUCCCGCAUACAAGCUGCCGACGUGGUUGUUACGCGACAAUGGCAGCUUUCUACAAAACUUGUCGCUAGUCUCAGAGAAGGCCUCGGGGUCUCGCCGACAUUACGGAAAUCAGUCGAAUUCCUAGGUCUUGCAGCCAUGUCUUGGAUUUGCUUACUUGGUGAAGGUGAACUACGAAUCGUGGGCCUCGGGAAAUUAUCUGGCCUUGCGCAGAAUAUCUACAUGCUCGCAGGAAGAGGCCAGUGUCAAUACAUCCUCGGUGGCCUCGCGGGCGCUGUCAUCAAGGAAGAUCAUGAGAAAAUCUUUGCACCACAACUUGCAGAAGUGGUCAUGCCUUUGAUCUCGACAGUUCCUUUAUCGAUAAGUGCACUGCCGCACUGCGAGUAUCAGAGGCUGAUGCCUCAGGCACAAACGGCGAUGCAGGAUGAGCCUAUGAGCGGUGCCGUCUUUGAGACCAACAGCGAUUUCUGGAAAUCUUCGACGCAGGAAGAUAUUGGACAGACUUAUGAUUACAAUUCGCCAGACCCCAUCGAUCGAUUUAUCGAUCUCUCUUAAAUGGACCAAAUUAAAACUUGAACUGCAAUCUAUUCUACCUCGAGUCAGGGUCUUCUCAGCUCAAUGCUGCCAUGAAGAUGUCUCUCUGAUUCUCAAGCCACCUCUUCGUCACAGCGGCAUUCAUUGGAAAGGUGAAGCCAUGGGGAACACCAGGGAGGAUCUCUUCAGUGACGUGUGUGCCAAAUGAGCGAAGAAGCUGCGCAUAUGCCAAACCCUGAGGCAUCAGAUAAUCGCAAGCGGCGACUGUGAUGUGGGUCUUGGGAUGGUGUGCGAUGUCUCUGG